ACCGGAAGUGACCUGCCGCCUCGCCCUUUUUUCACUUAAUGUUCUCCCACAAGCACGUCCUCUAAAAUCUCGCUGCGGUGUUUCUGCCUCAGCAUUCAGUAGCCCAAGAGCCGGAAAUGGAUCAAACGUGGCCUCUCCCGUUGUCAUGGUGAUGAAAGAGUCAGACUCCGGCCCGUCCGAGCAAAUAACCGAUGAGUUUUCAUAUACACAGUUAUCAACAAGCAGUUCAUCGUGAGCGAAAGCGAGCGCCGGCGUGCAGAUGGAUUACAAGCUGCUGGAGAAGCCCCCACUACCGGAAGCCAGGAUUUGUAUAUGGGAGGACCUGACCUACAGUGGGAUGGACGUCAUCGAGCAGGCAGCCAGCAUGGAGGAACUGAAGCUAGCCCUGGCUCAGCUGCUGUGUGAGCCCCUGCAGACCUGUGAUCCUCGGGGUUCCAUUCUGCUCGACCUGUACGCCUAUGCUGUGCAGUUCAGCCGGACUCACAGCUUCAGCAAGGAACAGACUUCGGCCUUCUUCUCCAUUGUCUGCAGGCUGCACAGGGCGGCUACAGGAACUCCUCUGGGGAACGUGAACGAGUGCUGCCAGUACUUCAAGGAGCUGCUUCUCUGCCACACUGUGCAGCGACCUCCGUUCAGCAUCAAUCUAUUCAGUGCCAAGCAGGUGAAGCUUAUCACAGAAUACGUCAUCGACACCUACUUCAGACACUUCAAACUCUACAAGUACGUCUUCACCCCUCAGAUUCGGAUGGACCUCAGCGUUACAUACUUGGGAAUGCCCGAAACACCUCCAGCUGCUGAAGAGGAGGAACUGGUGCUGGAGGAGCAGCAGGAGAAGGAUCGGGAGGAGCUGGAAGUCCAUGCCCAAGAGGAAGACCCACAGGUGAAUGGGAUCCAUGGAGACGACUUGCGGGAGUACAUCGAGGCGCGAGUAGCAGAGCGGGUGUCCGAGCUGAGGGUCUCACUGGAGGGGCAGCUGAAGGCAAGCGAGCGGCAGCUUGGAGCACAACUCUCAGCCUUGGAGAGGCCAGGCUUUAGGGAGGGGCAGAAAGCCUCCCGGGGCAAGAGGUAGGAUGUGCCCCCUGCCUCCCACACAUUCCUGGGACGAGGGAAAUCACAGACACCGAAUGCUUCCAGAA